UGGCUGAUUUUCAACUGCCUGGAUUAAUUGUAAAUAAACUACAAGUCACAUUGUGCUUCACGUUUUGGCGCAUGCGCAGUAGACGCGGAUAUGUAAUAGUCUACUGGUAGAUAUGAGCGGAGAUGGGGAAGGAGCCGCUGUGCAGGUUUUAAACCAUAAUAAAUAAAAACUAACUAAUCACGCAUUCUUUUUUCUUUUUUCUUUUCUUUUUUUAAAAUUUUGUAACUUUGUAAUCUACCAUGUUUGUUGCGGAUGUCGGAAAUAUGGUGGUCUUGCACGAUGCAACAUCUGGACGCUCAUUUUGUCUAGCCAGCUGUUUUGGUUUUGGGCGUUAAAAGAAAAAGAAAAGAAAGGAAGAUCCUUGUGUGUGUGUGUGUGUGUGUGUGUGUGUGUGUGUGUGUGUGUGUGUGUGUGUGUCUUUUGCAAAGCGAAAAAUGCUACGGGACAGCAGCAAACCUUCACUCAUCCAGAAAAUCGCAACCCAAGCGCAGGUUACGUUUAAAAACUGCGACGGUAAAGAGUUGUUGGCGAACUUGGCGGAUCUGCGCGCGCUGCUGAGCGACAUCAGGGCCGCAGACCUCAACAUCGCGCCGCCGAAGAAGAAAGGCUCUGGCUCGGGGACGCGAGCGCGCCGCAGAGCUCCAGUCACCUACAUGCACAUCUGCGAGACCCCGACGUUCAGUAUGGGCGUGUUCGCGCUGCGGAGCGGCGUCUCCAUCCCUCUGCAUGACCACCCUGGAAUGAACGGCAUCCUCAAGGUGCUCUACGGCAAGGUACGGAUCCGCUGCUUCGACAAGCUAGACGGGACCCCUGACCCAGAUCCUGACCUUGAGACCGUAUCCGGUGCUGGGAGUGAGGCUGUGCAGAAGGACGCGGUGUGCCUGGCCGCGCUGCGCUCCAGCGGUGAGUUCACGCAGCAGAGCGCGCCGUGCGUGCUGAGCCCCCGCACGGACAACCUGCACCAGAUCGACGCGCUUGACGGACCCGCUGCCUUCCUGGACAUCCUGGCACCGCCGUACGACCCGGAUGACGGCAGGGACUGUCACUACUACCGACUGUUACGCACGGCCAGCAAGAACGGGGAAGAUAAAAAGGACGAGGAGACCGUCUGGCUUUUAGAGAUCCCCCAACCCGAGGAGUUCUGGUGCGGGGGCGAGCCUUACCCUGGCCCAAAAGUUACCCUGUAGGAACUUAUUGCCUUAUUGAAGUGUUGGGCGUAUUUACUUUCUGGGAUGAGACAUGAAGGCUCAGUUACAAUUAGGUUAUAGUAAAUUAAGAACUGUGAUUAGGAUAGAACAAUAGUGCAAACGAUCAGACAACCCGGUGACAUUGGAUCCGUGAUGCACGAUAUGGACAAAAGUAGGCUACACUUUCAGAGAAAAAGAGUACUAAACUGUACCUUUCCGUGUGGUUGGCGUUGUACACUCACCUUUUGCACCUUGAGUAUGAAACUUUUUACCUAAACAGGUGCAUGUAGUGUGAAAACUACUCAUAGUCAUUUAAAAUCAUUUAAAGGUCUACAAAACAUGUCCCCUUGAGCUUAACACCCGAGCAACAAUUAACGGUACAGCUUAGUCCUACUUUUUUCUAAGUAGAACCUUUAUAGAUUUGGGCAAAGUGGCAAAUAUAUAUUUGAUAAAACAUAGAACCACACACACACACACACACACACACACACACAUAGAUAGAUAGAUAGAUAGAUAGAGAGAGAGCGAGAGAAAGAUAGAGAGAGAGAGACAUCCUGUCCUAGUAUUUAGUGUUGCUGUGACUUGCAAAGAUGUUUGAAACAGACACAAAACAGUGAACCGUAUUUACAGCAUUAAACAAUUUAAUAAGGGAUCAUUCAAUAAUGGUUCAAAUGUGACAUAACCUUUUAUCAGUUCAGUUAUAACUGUGACGUUGGGGCACGAGCGAUCGUUUACAGACUCGAUAAUCCGUUUAAAUCUUUUUCCUUUGUUGUUUUUUUUGUUGUUUUUUUAAUGAAAUUUGCACUUGGUCAGUGUUUUACACUACAGACAAAAAGCUGGUAUUUUCUUGAAAACAAACAAAAUCCUGUAUCCUGAUGCAGUAAUCAAUAGAGUCUUAAAGGACAUAUCCUUCACGCCUCAUAUUGUCAUUGAAAUCCAAAUGAGUGAAUUUCGCCGAAAUUAAAUGGUUGGAUUUCAUUUAGCUUCACAGUGAAUGUUUUUUUUUUUUAAAAGGUGUAAACACUAACUAAACUCUAUAACCGUAACCUUUGCAUCUUAUCAUACUACUUGAACAAGAACCUGUUGAUUACAGACAAUGCCGGAAGGUCAUUUGGACCAAAGUUAUUUAUGUUUGUGGAACAGAAACGCUCAUCUGGCGUUUCCAAGUUCAGUCAGAGCACACACCAUUUAACUCAUUUAACCCUCUGUAAUGGUAUUCCAAAGGUCAAUACUUUCAGUCAUACUAUAGAUAACAACCAGCUUCAAUUUCAGAAAUAAAGGAACCAAAAUGUAGUCUCCUCAUCGCUGGUGUGGUCCAAUCGAGAGUACAUCUUUGUACCAUUACUAUGCUACUAUCAUUUACCUGGGAACAUGCAUGUGGUGUACCUUUUCAUUAGCUUUUAGACUCUUACGUGGUUAUAAAUGUCCAAUUAUGUAUCUUAAAAUAUUUUAAAGGUAUAACGUGUUCUAGUACCGAGAUGUAUUUCUAAGCAUCUGCCCAGUGUUCCUCAGUCCCGAUCCCCUACAGUGCUCAUUUUAUUUUAUUUUUCAUGCUCUAACAUCUGUUUGAACGUGUUAGUAAGAUGAAUAUCUGAGUCAGGUGUAUUAGAGCAGGGGGGAAAAAAAUCCUAAACUGUCAUGCACGGGGAACUUCAGGUCCAAGAUUUACAAUGUUUCUAAGAAGGUGUUACUCGCAAAUUUACAGUACAUUCCUGAUAAUCCCUAAAUAAUCUCAAUGACCAUUUAUUCGACCUGUGAUUUGGUCACUUUUAACUUGGCAAAAAAAAAAAAAAAAUAAUAAUAAUCUGUGGCCUUUGUUAUGAAAUAUUGAAUGUAUUUUUGAAGCCUUAAAAGCAUACGCUUGUCUACGUGCACACUACAUAUGUAGCUUCUGUUAUUGACUUAUAUGCUAUAGUUAUUUAAGUUUGUACAAUCAGUUACGUGUAUUCUUCUUCUUAUGGUUUUAUAUUCUGACUUUAAAACACAAUGAAAUGUUUAGAAGACACUGUAUUUGUAUCUGGUCUCCAAUAUUCUUUGUUCAGUGCUGUCGCACGUGAAGAAGAAAAACAAAACAAAACAUGGAUUAUUCACCAACUGUAUAGCCUAAUUAUAACCAGAAAGGGGAAAUCCUUGAUUACGCCAGGAUUUUAUUCUGUUUACUUCAAGUAACACUUGCGGUGAGUGCAGUAUGUAAAUGAGGUUUGCAUUUCUCAUGCCCGCUAUGACAUUUUGUGAUCAUUCUUUUUCAUAAUUAUAGCAUUGUGUGUAAGAUGACUUCUCCUCCUUACUUUGACGUUGUCAUUAUGAAUUGUCUAUGAGCUGUCACGAGUGGCCGGAUUAUUGCUGACUGCAUGCAUAGUAUAUAUAUAUAUAUAUAUAUAUAUAUAUAUAUAUAUAUAUAUAAUACAUUUUUUUUUUCAAAAAAGGGAAGCCAGUUAGUCAUGGCAUAAAUAAUAUUGAGAAGGAGUCAAUCUAUAGUAAACUCCUUCUCGUUGAGGCUAGUUCACAUAGCUGAGGCUGACUGGCUUGUAUAUGAUCAAUCCUGAUUUUCUAAUAUGUCUGUUUUGAAUCUGUCAUUUAUACACUCUGUGCUGAAUGGAACGUCAUGCCUAGGCCAAAUUGUGCUACCUUUAGUAAUCUGUAUUGACGUAUUCUUGAUUUGGAAUUUGUCCAGUUGUUUGAGUUUCAGUUUUGAGGGUUUUUUUUUUUUUUUUGUCAAGUCAUAAAGUAAAAGGUAAAAAUUAAUGGUACAACUUUUUUCUUUUUUUUUUUUUGUGAAAGGGACAAAAAGGAUCGUAAUACAUCGUGUACAUACCUUCACAUUUUUAAUGCAUUUAUGUCCUGAGUUUGUACAUGCUCUUCUGUGAACUGAAUAAAACUUCUUAUGUUCUUUGA